AUGGUGAUGGUGAGGCAGCAGCAGGAGGCCAACGCCCGCGAAAGGGCCCGGACUCAGAGUCUCAACACGGCCUUCACGGCCCUCCGCACCCUCAUUCCCAUCAAGCACGUCUCCAAGGCCGAAAUGCUACGCUUGGCCUUCAGCUAUAUCGCCCACUUGACCAACAUCCUGCUGAUGGGCAAGGACGGUGAGGAGCGGCAGCCCUGUUUCAGCGCCCUCUAUGGCACCAAGGGCGAGAUGGAAGACAAGCAGGCCAAGAGCAUAUGCAUGUUCUGCCUCAGCAACCAGAAGAAGGGGGGGCAGCUGGUGGGAGCUUGCUUCCAGAACCCCUACCUAGACACAAUUGAGCCUCUGGAGGAGUGGGCAACAGUGCGGGAGAGAAAAGGGGACAUUUCCACCAAGACCGACUGUGGUAAAGAACCCAGUCUUGGUGCAAUUGGAAAAGUAAAUGCCCUUCAUCAAGAGAAAUGUUUAUUGGCUUGGGAGGCAUUAAGUCCCUGUAAUAAGGCAGUGGAUCGGGAACAGCUUCUUAUGACCAAUUGA